UUUUUAAUUUUAUUUCCAGAAAUGUCCUCUACAUUCAUUUUCGCCCAAUCCAAUCCCAUUUCUUCCCGUGCAAAUCCUUCGCGUUUCUGAGUCCCAGGGACCGAAACUCGCCGAUCUUAAUAUAGGUACUCACUCCACCCCAAUAUCGGUGUCAGAAAAAAUGGUGUCGGACUCGGAACUCGUGGCUCGGCUUCACGAAUUCCUCCGGAGCUCCGACCUGAAUACCACAACCACCGCUAUCGUGCGCCGGAAACUGGAGGAAGACUUCGGAAUCGAUUUAUCGGGCAAGAAAGCGUUUAUUCGUGAACAUGUGGACCUGUUUCUUCAGAGCCAACUCGAGAAAGCUGAAGAGGAUGAAGGCGAUGGCGGCGAAGAAGAAGAAGAAGAGCACAAGUCUAAUGUAAAAUCAGAAGGCAGCAACGGCUCUGAUUCAAAGGAUGAAAACGAUGAUGAUGAUGAUGAAGAGGAAGAGGUGGAAGAAUCCAGUAAUGGAAAGGGGGCCAAAAAACGAGGGUCUAAGAAGUCAAAUAAGGAAGUCAAGAAGAGAGGUGGUGGAUUUUGCAAACUAUGUAGCCUGUCUCCAGAACUUCAAAAAUUCAUUGGAGUGCCUGAAUUGGCCAGGACUGAGGUUGUCAAGCAACUCUGGGUUCAUAUUAGAGAGAAAGAUUUACAAGACCCAAACAAUAGGCGAAAUAUAAUAUGUGAUGAAACAUUGCGUGCCCUCUUUGGUGUUGAUUCCAUCAACAUGUUCCAAAUGAAUAAGGCUCUAUCAAAGCAUAUCUGGCCAUUGGAUUCAGAUGAUGCUGCUCCAGUAAAGCCAACACCAAAGGAAAAGCAACGGAAGCAAGAAAGAGAAGAUUCGGAUGAGCCAAAAAGAAAGCAAAAACGGCAGAAGGGAGGGAAUUCAGGUUUUCUUGCUCCUCUUCCACUUUCAGAUGCUUUAGUGAAAUUUCUUAAUAUCGAAGAAAGUGCAUUGUCACGUGCUGAGGUUGUAAAGAAAAUUUGGGAAUACAUAAAGCAAAAUAACCUCCAGGAUCCAUCUGAUAAGAGGAGAAUAAUAUGUGAUGAGAAGCUGAAAGAGCUUUUUGAUGUUGACUCCUUCAAUGGAUUCACUGUUCCAAAACUCCUAUCAGCACAUUUCAUAAAGACAGAACAGUGAGUUGCUCCCAAACUGAUAUUGUGAAGCCUGUGAGAAAUUGGGAUUUUGUUUGUGAGCUUAAUUUAGUUUCCAACUGUUCUUUUCUUGUUGUUUCUCCUUUUUUUUUUCGUGUUCAACAACCAAUAGGGCAUACAGAAAAUCUGGAAGAAAAAAUGAUUAACUGCUUCCCCAAUUUUAUGUCAUCAGUUUUGUAGUAUCCUGUUUUAGCUGUUACUGCUGAAGUUUGGAUUUCUCUCUUUUCUAUCCUCUUCUUUGAAAAGCUCUGAAUGACAAGGUAGUAGAUAGGUUAUUCUUCUGUGAUACUUUGACCUCUGACUGUUUUGGUGAGGCAGCUGAAAUAUGGGAAAGAAAUAUUUUGAGUCAUCA